AUGAAGAGAAAACAACCAUCAAAAAGUACGGGAUCGGAAUCAACCGAUGAUAGUGACAAUGAACACGUACAAAGUGAAAACACAAGAAAAAAAACAAAAACUACAAGAUCUAAAUCGAAACAAGUUUAUGAGUAUAAAAACGGAACUCUCUCAGUGAAGGAGGAAGCUAAUAAGGAUUAUGACACUUAUUUUGAUGACUUUAAACAAACUUUGGAGCAAUCUGUUCAUAUUGCAUUUGAAACAGACUACAAACCUACUCAAUUCUAUGUCCCACAAUUGGGUGAUGAUAUUGUUUUCAUUAGGGAUGGGUAUAUCUCCUAUUGUGAAAGUGUUACAAAACACACUGUACUUCCAUUUUUUCUAAAAUAUUUUCAAACUAAACAAACACCUAAUGGAUUUAAGAGGGAUGUAUCUAAAUUUCCCCCUUCUACUAGGUGUAUCAUAUCCAAAAUCGAAUACAAGAAUGUUUUCAUCACUGAAUUGGAUAGUUUAAUAUCAAAGUCACAAAAUGGAUUAAAACCAAGUAGAUUUAAUUUUUUUACUCUAACACUCACAGUAAAAGAAAUCAUGAAAGAGGAAAUUCUCAACAGUACUUUGCCUUACUCGGUAAAGGUUGGUGAUACUCUUAAUUUUGAUUUAUGCUAUUCGGAUUGUAGGCCAUUCAUUAUCACAUACGAACACUAUUUGAAAUCAGCACAAUACUAUAAAUCACUCAGAGAUAAAAUGUCAAUAACUAUGGAUUUUAUUGAUGCCACUACAAAGCUACCAAUUCCCUACACUGGUUUAAUUCAAGAGAUCAAAACUAAACCUAAUGAACCUCAUUGCCUAUUUGAAACCUUGCACAUCUCAUGGGAUACAAAUGACACGGAAGAUAUUAGUGUUUGGGAAAUCAAAGAAGUAGAAGAAGAAGCGAAAAAAGUACUACCAAAAAUAGAUCCUACACUUGAAACAAAAGUAGCACAAAUUUUAACAGAUUUCACAAAUUCUGAAUGCUCAAACCUUCCAUUUCUUCAAAAUACUCCCCAUCCAAUGCUAUUUGCUACUGUAUCUGGUAGACUACAGAGUCAUUUCUAUAGGAAUGUGGAUGCACUGAUAUCAGAUUUAUCGCACAUAACUAAAUGUGUAAAACAUGAAGUGGAAAAAGUAACAACAAAAAAAACCACAAAGGCAACAAAAGCAAUGAUAAAAUUUAUGGCCGAUGUUGAAAGUUUAUUGCACACAAAGAAGAUUACUGAACUAUCUCCGGGAACUAUGUCAUACGAAAUUCCUGUUUCGAUUACACCCCCAACAGUUUCCCAACCUACUAUUGAAAAGGAAGAACCAAGAGAAUCUAGACCAUUGUCCAAAAAAAUUAUUAACUCGGAGGAUGAAGAAACAGAAUCUUCUGAUUCAGACAAUGAGAUAAAGUCAAACAGAAAACAGUCACCAAAAGACAGUAUCCCCCCUGUGCCUGUUAAUGAGCUAAACACCACUCGUAUAUUAGAGACUCCUAUUAAUGAGUCUGAAAAAUUCCCUAAUCCAAUUACAGAUGUUAAAUCAUCUACAAGUGUAUUAAUACAGACAACAGCCUUUCAUGACAUUCCAAAAAUAGCAAAGAAAACCAAACCUGAAAUCAAACCUCCUUCUCCAGUUUUUUUGGAAAAUAAUUUAGAGAAUAAUACACUUCAGCGAGAGGUUCCUGAAACCCAACUCCUUCAACUUACUCAAACAGUUCAACCAAUGCAAUUGGUACUUCCUCCACCUCUACCUCCAAGUAGUACCUCAAUAUAUCCAAGUACUCAACCAAUACAACCCAGCACAUCAUCCGAGGGUCCUAUUGGUAUUUUUUCUCCUUCUAUGGACAUUCCACUGCCAUCUAUUAAAAAGAAAGGAGAAGAUAAAGUUAAGGAUGAUAAGAAAAUGAAGGAAGAUAAAUCAAAAAGAGAAGAUAGAAAAGAGGAGAAAAAAGAAAAGAAAGAAAAGAAAGAAAAAAAAGAGAAGAAAGAGAAGAAAGAAAAGAAGGAGAAAAAGAAAGAAGAGAAAAAAGAAAAGAAAGAAAAAAAGGAAAAAAAGGAAAAAAAGAAAGAGGAAAAGAAAAAAGCAAUAGAAAAUGAAAAUUCAAAUUUGUCGUGUAUUAUCAAAAUUCCAACCAUCAUAUCACAACAUACAGAUGAAACAGUAGAUUUGGCAAGCGUGAAAAUUCCAAAACGUAAGAAAGAAACUGAAGUUGCACCUAUUCUUAUUGAAGAAACAUCUUCUAACGUUGUACAAAACUCAGCACAUGAACAGAUAGAUACAGAUAAUCAUGCCAGUAUGAAUAUAGUAUUUGAAGAUCUUCAUGUGCUUACAACCACCAAUCCACCAAUCCAAGGAUCCAUUCAACCUACAGAACCUCAAAAUAUUGAUGAUGGUACAUUUUCAAAUGAAAUAGGUGGAAUGGAUUCUGAUAUAACUGUAUAUAUCCCUCCAACACUACAAAAACCAAGAGCUCCUUCUAUUAAACUCAGAGCUACUAAGACGCACACUUCUCGUCUAACUAAAGAUGAGAUAUUCGAAACCGAGGAGAACAGAUAUUAUAAUGAGAUUGCUCUAAACAUACAAAUAGAAAACAACAAAAUUAGAGUUAACUUAGAAAAGAACCAAAAAUUUGAUCCAAUACAAGCCGAAAAAAGAAAAAAAUGGGUAAAUCAGUUGAACACUCAAUUCAAAAAUGUAGGAACUACUAGUAGUUCUGAGCUCAUUUCUCGCGCAUAUGGAAACAUUUUAAAGAAAUCUAACAAAAGUAUGAGCCUUAGUCUUCCAAUAUUCUCUACGAACAAAACCAUCUCUGUUUCAAUGGAAAAAAUACCGAUCCAAUUACCUGAUCAAAUACCCAAGCAGUUAUUUAUUAACAAACAUGGAAGCAUUCUAUUCUAUGAACAGAAACGACAUGUGACAGUUGACCAUAUAUUUAAAGCUCCAAUAACCUAUUACCAAUUUCACAUAAUAAGACAAGACUCAGAUAUGAUGGAGGAUGAAAAUCAAGGAAAGAUUGUAUUUAAUGUAAAAUGUGAUACUACAGAGACAGAAAGAAUUAAAUUCUAUUCCCUUUUUGAUAAGGUAGUGGAGGCAAGGACUGUAUGCAAAAAUCCAAAAGCACUUUUUCAUUUCCCUGAACCACAAAAGUUGUACGACUUGAACGACAAUUUUGGCUUUAUGGUAGAUAAUGUGUUUGAUUGGUUCAUCGAAGGAUUUUACUUUAAAGAAAGAAUUGGGAAAAAUCACACAAUUUCUCCUCAUGCUAUUUAUUACAUUGCAGAGUUUGUAUUUAUGGAAAACAAUACUGAGAUAUCCGUAAAUUUCCAAUAA